AUGAACGCUUGAUUGAACGAAUGAGUUGGUUUAUGGUUAGUUUCAGAAUUUCAGAUCUGCGCUUGUCACGAUAUUGUUAAUAAUUUGCAGAAAAAAUCUAAAAAGACACUUCAUUUUAAAAGGUUUUACAAACCAACGUUUCUUACUUCUAAAACGUACAGCAAGCAGACUAAAUAGUUUGUAAAGCAAAUAGGUUUAAUUAAAAAUGUAUGUAGAUUAAAAAAUGUUGUUAUAAAAGUAAUUGCUCAAUAUUAUAAAUAGAAUUUAGUGAUUAUAUUUAUUGGAAAGGUGUGUUGUAUAAGUGUAAUAAAUGUGUGAACGAUAUCCUGGGUACUUGUUUGGAGGGACUCCUGUCAGCAGUUGGGACAGGAGUUUCAAUUCGCUGGAAAAUCAAAUCCAACAGCAGUAUCGAGGGAGGGCAGGCGCUGGUGCGCGCUGCUGGGGCAGUAUGUCGGAGGGCGGCGGGGUGUCCGCCGCUGGAGGGGACUCCUGCAAGACGAACCUCAUCGUCAACUACCUACCGCAGACCAUGACUGAGAAGGACCUGUACGCGAUGUUCAUGACCAUAGGACCCAUAGAAAGUUGUCGAGUUAUGAAGGACUUCAAGACUGGCUACAGCUACGGGUUCGGCUUCGUGAACUUCACGCGGGAGGAAGACGCGGCGAGGGCCAUCGACACCUUCAACGGAUACCAGCUCAGAAAUAAACGGUUAAAGGUCUCAUACGCGCGCCCCUCAGGUGAUGACAUAAAGGAUACAAACCUCUACGUGACGAACUUACCGCGCGCCAUAACGGAGGAACAGCUGGAGACUAUAUUCGGCAAGUACGGCAGGAUAGUGCAGAAGCAUAUACUCAGGGACAAGAGCAAUGGGACGCCGCGUGGAGUCGCCUUUGUCAGAUUUGAUAAGCGUGAAGAGGCGCAAGAGGCGAUAGCGGCGCUAAACAAUGUGAUACCAGAGGGCGGCACUGAGCCACUCAGCGUUAAGGUGGCUGAAGAGCAUGGUAAGCAGAAAGCAGCGUACUACGCGGGAUGGGCGGCGGGCUUCCACCAUAAUAGAGCCUCAGUAGCUCCACAACGGCACCACAGUCUCGACCAACUCGACAUGUUGCAUAGCCGGCAAGAUUACACGACCAAUUACGGAAUGUACGGUGGCCUGUCCAACCGAUACCUCCGCCGUGACUAUUUCAACCAGCCGUCUUAUAUGAGUCACCAUCGCCCGUUUUGAAAAGGACUUUACUGUAAGAAAUUCCGUCUAACCGAUACACGGAUAUAGACGGAUGGACUUUUCAUUUUAGUAGUGUAAUUAUAGUGUUGGUGUUAUUUAUAAGGUGACUGUGGGAGUUUUUGAGGACUAGUGGGGGCUUGUAUAUUGCGGUUUUUAGAUUAGGAGCUGUUAUUUUUAAUAUAGACGUCAUUUGAGUAUUAAUUGAGUAUGGAUUGGACUUUUAAUUCGAUUUUGUGAUAUUUGGUGAUGUGUUGCAUAAAUUUCUAUCAGCUGAGUUAUUUAUCUUAUACUACAUUCCCGUUUCCCAACUAUUUCGGGGGUGAUCAGAUUCAACAGAUUCACAUCAACAGCCUAAAAGUGGCCACUGCUGAUCAAAGACUUCUUCUCACACAGAGAAGGUUUGAGCAUUAAUCAAAACGCUUGUUCAAUGCGGGUUGGCGAUACACAAGAUAGGACUGAAAGAUAUCGGUCCACGAGCUCUAUUUUAUUUUUCUCUACGUUUGGGUGUGCAACUACGACAUAAGAUUAUUUAAGCUCUACCAGCCAAGUCGAUCAAUUACUAGAUUGAAUUAAAAGUCCAAUCACUAUUAUCUAUCGUUUGUGUAUCAGCAAAUAUGUUUGCUUAGAUUUUAUUUUGUAAUAUUUAUUUUUGUUUUGUAGUGAAUAUUUUAUCGUAGUUUGUCCCACCCCCUAUCGGUGUAAAUGUUAUUAUAAGGAACAAUGAUAAAUUAGAUAGUAAUUUACGGAGUUCUCAGAAAUUCCCACAAGAACGCUCCUGUACAUGAGUGAUUUAAACUUUAAUCAUAAUUUGCGAGUAGUUUUCCCAAUCCAUUGUUGAAUUCCUAAGCUUCGUAACUAUAAUAGACAAGACUUCUAUUAUCUGUGGUGACGUUCGACAGUGUUGCCAGUUAAGAAAGUAGUUUUUGUUGCAAGAUUAAAAAACUACGACUGAGGUGAUGUUUUUAAAAAUUGAUUGUGACCAUUGGUGUGUUAAAAGAUCGGGUUUUUUGGUUUGUGUUGGGUUGAAAACUGUUUUUUACUAUAUCUGUUGUUGUUAGUAUAACAGUUUAUUAAUCACUGAUGUGUGUGUAUUUCCAAGAAAAAUUAUAAAAUAUGCAAUUAAAGGUUAAGUAACAUUCGGCUCCUUACGACUUUAAUUGCCAAUAUAAUCUGUUGAAGGCAAAUCCUCCGCUAGCGCCGGGCACUUUUGCCCCCGAUAGCGUUUAAUGUGUUUAUCCUGUUCAAAAUUAGUGACGUACAUUAUUUUGUUUUCAAUUAUAGUUUUGUUAAGUAAAAUUUUCGACUCAACACAAACUAAAUAAAACAAAACCUAAAAUUGAAAAAUAAUACAACUGAGGGACCCUGUCUCAGCACAAAAAUCAUGUUAUUAAACCUAAAUUCUACAAUUUUCUAGAACUUUCUACAUAUACUUAUAGACGUUGCAUAGUGAAACACUCUCAAUGUUACCCAAAUAGUAAAAAUAUGAUUUACUUAGUAUUCGUACUACAAAAGCUAUUAAUUUGACACACUGUGAAAGCAAUGAUUUUUGUUUUAAAGCUUCAAAGCCGAGGGACAGAACACGUUGCAAGACAUGUUACAUAGUUGCAUGUUGCGACAUGUUUCGAGAUUGUUGUUUAUAGACAAUUUCAAGCUUACCAGACGAAAGAAAUGUUGUGAUUCUCUCUUUAUCAGUUUACGAAACAACAAAGGUAUGAAACACGUCUUGCAACAUGUAUCAACCGCAUCAAUAUGUUGCGUAUCACGUUGCAGUACAGUAAGUGUAACGCAUAUUACAAACAUCCUGUUCUGAAUACUUUUUAAUUCGCAGCUUUAUAUUGUAACGUGAACUUUUGUUACUAAUUACAUCAUAAUUGGUUGUAUUUAUAAGCUAAUGUUUACAAUACUGUUGGUCUGAACAGAAUAUGUAUGUACUAGAUGUCUGAUACUAUGAACGAAAUCAUUUAAUAACAUAAGUUGUGCAAAUGUCAAUUUAUUAAUUUUAUCUUCGUAGCGUUGUUUACACAAGAGGUAUUUUGCUGUAUACAUAUUUUUUGUUAUUGGUUUUGGUCAAUGGUCUAAAAUGGCAAUUAUUUUUACUGGACAUAGCCAUCUAGUCUUACUAGCAUCAGAUGUUUGCGCAAAGUUGCGCAUACUUGCGCAAAACGGCAUAGUUUCACUUUUAACGAAGAUUUAAAAAUAAAUACGUUUGUGUAAACAACAUUACCAGAUUAUCGGCUUAUGAAAAAAACAUAUAAUGUGCUCAAUAGAAAUAAAUAUAUAAUUGUCUGUUAAACAGCGUUGUAGCUAGAUCGUUUGUAUAAAUACAAGCUUUUUGUUAGCUCACUAUUAAUGAAAUAUGUGAUUAUAGACCAGAUAUGCGCUUUUACAUAGAUCUUAUGCAGUUAUAGUGUAACAGGAAUAUUUUAAACACCAUAUUGUUGAAGCUGUUGGUCUCAUGAGCAUUUGCUGCGAUUAUUUGUUAGUUAGGUUAAAAAGCGAAACCCUAAUGUCUACUAAAUACAUUAAUUGAAGCUUCACAUAACACUACCCAUAAUGCUUCUAGCUAAAAAAUAUGUAGUUACAACUAAAAAACGUUAAAUUAAUUAUUAUGUUACGUAACUGUUUGACGAGGAACUCGACUAGCUUCAAGCCGUGCUAGAGGCUCAUAUUCCUGAGCAGCAUUUCGCGAUACACGAUGCGGUGAUUGUUGCUGCUACUCUGCAGCAUGGCUUGAAUCUAGUCGAUUUCCUCGUCAAACAGUUACGUGAGUACACCGAGAACAUAAUAAUUCAUAUAAAACGUUAAUUUCAUUACGUAUGCUUCUUUGUUUCAUAGUUGCGCAAACCAUAUAGAUAAAUAUUUUGCGCAUUGUUUGCGCAAUCCGUUUUAUAACUGACUCUACAAGUGCAGUAAUAAUUGUAUUUCAUAGUUUUACCAUGAAGUGUUAAAAUGCUCAUAAUACUAAACUCGCUUUUUAACCUAACUAACUAAUAUUGCGCUAAAUGUCAUCGUUUAGUUACUAAGCUUCGUAUUAAAGUUGUUGCACUAGAUAAUUAUGUACAAAGUAUUAAUUUUAAACACAUCGAUAGUUUCAUAUUAAAUUGGAAAGCUUCUGGCGUAAUGAACGCUUAUUUUGGACAGACUUGUAAGCUUUGCGCUUUAAUAUUGUAAGAAGAAAGCAACAGAACUAUUUACUGCGCUUUAUAUUAUAACUAAUUUCUAUUAUUGAAGUUUGGUCGUUAAGCCUCAUUGGUCGAACUGAUUGUCCAUUGAACAAGAGGCUGCCGUAAGUCUGCUGUACUCAGUGGCGUUUAAUGAUUACUUAAACUAUUCCUUAGUAACGAUUUUUUUCCGAAAAUAAUUGCUGAGGACGGGGUUAAGUAAUCAUUAAAUGUCUCUGAGUAUGGCAGUAAGACUUGCAAUGACACUCGCAGAUAACAUAAACUCAAUAUUACGUACCUGGCAAAAUGUAGAUGCUAAAUUAAAAUGUUGUAAAGACAUCGUGGGCUCAUAGAGGGCAUAAUUGCGAUUAAGAUACCAGUUUUGCAUCGUCAGGUAUAUGGGUCCGUAAUGUAAUAUUUGUUCGUUUUUCUAGCGUUGUCCCCGUGCAGAGUGGGGGCUCCGCUGACCGGCAUUUCGGUCUAGCGCAACAAGCAGCCAACGUUUCCUUGCGUUAUUUAAGACAUUUGUUUAAAAGUACUUUAAAUAUCUUCAAGCGCAUGUGACUUACUAUGAUAUUGCUAUCUUUUGCGUAUAAAAUAUUUUAGAAUAUUUGGGGGGAGGGGUGUAGAUGGCAUAGAGUAAUUAUUAUUGAAGUGUUCUGUGUAAAGUUAAUAUCUAUUUUAAACUUUUUAGUACAAGAAUAUGUUUCAUUUUAUUUCACUAAAUUCUCCAUAAAUAUAUAGCUGAUGCUGAAUUUUCUGAGACACAGAACAUCCACGAUUUUCUUACAUCUGUGUGAAACAAAUUGAUUUUCAAGAAAUAAUAAUGUAAUUUUGUUAUUCAAUCAUAACAAAUGCCACGAAAAACAAGUUGUACUGAUAAAUAAUAAAUUAAUCUAUAGGUUCUGUUCAUAAUAGAACUCUUCAUUUUCAUUACUCUAUGCCACUGCGCAAACAUAAUAUAUGAAGAUACAUUAUAUUCGAACAAGCGUUCAUUAUGCCGGAAUUACAUUGACAAUAUGCAGCGGUGAUUCGUACGUUCAUUAGAUUCGGAGUUUAUGAGUGUUGUUCCCGUAUCGACUACGUUCCUAUUCCACUGUGAUGGGUGUCCGGACUUAAGAAUAGAUUUAUAUUAAAACGGAUAAUAUUGACAGAAGGAAAAGUAUUCGAAAUUGGCUUUAAGUAGUUAUCGCACAGAAUAAAAAUAAAAUACUAUAUAGCGUGUUACAUUAGUCGAUAAAUCGUGUUACAUCACUAUGUCUUCAGUGUUGCCAGACGAAAUAAUUAUUAUAAUGUUUCUUUUUUUAUAAUCUAUAAAGUUUAGCCCGUUUAAGCUUAGCUAUUUCAAUAUGUAGUUUAUAUUAUUAUAGUGAAUAUAUCGGAACAGUUUUAGUGUAAGGAAGUUACGAGUAAUAGUAUGGAUUAUGAAAGAGAGAGAUAGAUGUAUGUCCUGAUACCCAUCACAUGUUCUCGUCCCUUUCUAGGCUAGUACAUAACUUGUAUUAUAUUACUAUGUAACUGUAGACUCUUGAUAAGAUAUCGAGUUCAGUGGGGGUAUGUUUAAUUAAUUUUUAGCGUUUAUUUAAUGACUUUUUUAAUGAAACCGAAUAAAUUAGCUUAAUGUAGGAGCUAUUAGGUUUAAUUUCUGUAAUGAGUUUAGAUAUGGGUUUAAUCAUACUACAUUGUUGGCAUAGUAACUUUACCCGAUAUGUUUCAAUGUGUGCUAAGUUUUAGAAUGUGUGUUAGCAUUUUUAGAAUGAUUCGGAACAACUCUUUGUGUGAUCACAAAUUGUUGUUUCAGGUCUGGGUGUUAUGUGCAUGUGAAAUUGUAUGUUUAGCAAUUCUAAUGUUUUUUAAAACUUAACAUUUUUUUUCUAGUCAGUAAUUUUCUAUUAGUCCUUCGUAAAGUAUUUUAAUUAAGAUUUCUUAUUAUGUUCCUAUUUGUGGUUAAGUUUAGAUUUGUUAAACUUGUUUAGCUAAUAAUAUUGAUAUAUUUAUUCUAUUAUGUAAGUUUUCUAAGUUAUAUAUUCCUCACUGGACACGGGAGUAGGUCUAGAAUGCUAGAACUAGUUUCCAAAUGUGAAUUGUGCCUAAAUAAAGCGUAUUACUAAGAAAUGUACUAUCGUGGUUCACCAACGUAACUGUUUGAGAAAAUUUAAAACUUGUUAAAGAGUUAUAAAUAUAAUAACUAAAUUAAACACGUGUAAGUAGGGUGCUAUUCUCAAAAUUCAGGUUUGAAAAAUAAUAAAUAAAUAUUGCUAUCGAAUAAUGUAAAGUUAAGCUAGGUGAUGUUGAGAUAGCACCCCUAUGUAACUUGUGUAUGAUAAGUGUGACAAGAUUAGGAAUGUGAUUGUAAGCGCGCGAGUAGAUGGAUAGAGUCCUAAUGACGUCAUUUCUGUGUAAAUAUUCUAUUCUUUUCAUUUCAGUAUGAGUAUGAGACUAGUCACUGCAAUAACUUCCUUUAGACUAUUCGGCUUUUGUCAAAUAUAUGCGACUGAUAUUGUGUAUAUAAAAUUGUUAGUUUCAAGUCGUGCAUAAUCGAAUAUUAACUAAUUUCUUUAAAAAAAAAAGAAGACAGGGGAAUAAAUGACUAAAACUCCCGUUGACUUUGAAAAGGAGCGAUUUGAAAAGAAUAAUUAUGUCAAUGUCAAAGUGACGUUAAAGUGACAUUGACAGAUGGAGAUGUCUGUCAAAAGCUUUUUUUAGUAAUUUGAAUGAAUCUUAUAAAAUAAUGAGCGAUAGUAAAUUAUGACAAUCACCUUCGUAAAUCUUGUAGCGCUUAUAAUAUUUUUAAUAAUAUAAAAUUGUUAUUAAGUAUGGCUGCGUGAAUGCUUGUUAUUAUGGUACUGUUGUUAAAUUAUGUGGCUGUAGUUUAUAUUGUAUUGAGUGGCGGAUCUGUUGAUUAUUAUAUUUUUUAAAUAAUAUUAUACAAUUAUGUAACUAUGUUAUUUCAUAUUGAAACUCGACUAAGCCUGUUUACAUGUACAGAUGAUGGACGCCGCAUUCAAAUAAGUUAUCCUAUAUUUCCAAAAUUCUUUAUUGGGUUUUCUACCCUACAGUUUUGUGAUAAAGUUGAAAAUUCUGUGCGGUGUAAUAUAUUUUAUAGUUCUAAAGGUGCAAUUAAAUAAUUCCCUACAUGGUCGGCAACUCAUCGGUGUUGCAAGUGUACUUAAGGGUCGGUUCAUAUCUGAAGAACAUGCGUCGCGUAUUAUCGUUUGCGUAACAGAACAGACAAAUGUAUACUUGACCGUUCACACUCCGUUAGUGCGAUCGAUGAUACGCUCGACGUAUUUUACGUCAGAUAUGAACCGACCCUAAGUUGGGGUAACCGCUUACCAUCAGGGGCCUUAGUCUGCUAUUACAAUUGUGUCAGAAUGGUCGAUCAUUGAGCAGUGCAAGAGGGACGCAGCUAUGUAGGUUGUAUAGCUCCUUCCCUCUUGCACUGCUCAAUGAUCGACCAUUCUGACACAAUUGUAAUAGCAGACUAAGGCCCCAGGUGAGCUGAAAGCUUUGUAGCCACAGUCACCGAUCACUAAAAUAAAAAAAGUUUUUCGCAGUUAAUACAUAAAAAAGGAAAAUUAUUUUGAAUUUGGAACAUUGUUAGUUGACAGUGAUAUGUAUUUAAGUAAUAAGGUGUUUGUGUUCGUAUAGUAAUAUAAUAGUGAUGUGAAAUGUUUCGUGUUUAGUCGAGUUUGGCUUGUUAGUCUUUGCUAUCGUUUAACCACUAUAAUUGGCCUUAUGAAAAAUUUUAUAAAUUAUUAGCUAAUAAUAAAUUAAGUUCUUCUUAUGAUAAUAAUUCAAUUAUUAUUAUUACGAAUAUUUUAGCUGUUACCAAUAACUAUUUGUAUAAUGAAUUGUUUAAUAGUAUGUCGUGCGUGCUAUUUUACUGGUUAUUUUGACUGUAAAUGAAUUAUUUAUGAAAGUUGUAGUUUUUGCUUGUUAAAAGAGGAAUAUAUGAGAUAUUAUAAUUAUAGUAUUUGUAAAACGAAAUAUUAUAAUUUGAACGUUGGUUUGUUAUAAUAAUAUAUUAGUAAUGCACUUUCUUUUUAAAUAUUUUGAACAAAACGUAGUGAAAAGUCACCUAAGGAAUGUAUUUUUUCUCGAUUUUCAUUCAUCCUAUUUAUACUGGCGUAGUCUAAUAAGUGUGAUACAGGAUCUAGAUGUCCUAGGCGUAUUUUCUAAACACUAAAGAUCUAGAAUGAAUAAUAACUAUCAUAUUUAUUAGACUAUGUUACACUAGAAGAAAAUUGGCUAUAUAGCGUUAUAAUAUUUUAAAAUAUACAAAAAAAUAUGAAUACUUUUAAUAUUAUGAUAUAUAGUAUUUUGUGAUUGUAUUAAAGUGUACGUAAUAACUAAGGUUAGGUCGAACGAAAAUGCAAAAGUAUUCUUCCAAACUUUGGCCAAACGAUAAAUAGUGAUGUAUAAAUAAAUAUUAUUCAUGAAC